CUCGACAGCCAUGGAGCUGGGGCACGUGGAGGUGGUGCAGUGGCUGGAUCGACGGUUCCCGGACGGUCGAGUGCCGUCCAAUGCAGUGGCUACAGCGGCCAAGAACGGCCACUUGACGGUGCUACAAUGGCUGUUCGAUCACCACGACCACGUGUACUGGGGCGGGGACGAGAUGUACUGCGCCGUGGCGCACAACCACCUGGAGGUGGCCAAGUUCCUGCACGAGCGCACGGCCCCUCCUCCAGAUGACAUGUUCCUGAUCGACGAGGCGGCGCGCCACGGAGACCUCGAGAUGAUGCAGUGGCUGCACAGUGAGCGGGGAGAUCAGUUGACUUACGAAGGUGUGAUGCGCGCGGUGGAUCACGGGCUCCUGGACGCGGUUAAGUGGAUGCGAAACACUUUUCCGGGCAGUGUUGUGCUCAAGGAUGUCCGCAUGGACAACGCUGCAGCUAAUGGACACUUGGAGAUGGUCAAAUGGCUAAAUGACCAACACGCGUGGUGCACCAAGCAGGCGAUGAACCGCGCGGCGGGCAAUGGACACCUGGAGGUGGUCAAGUUUCUGCAUGAGAAGCGAUCAGAGGGCUGCACGACGGACGCGAUGGACUUGGCAGCGGGGAAUGGAUACUUGGAGGUCGUGAAGUGGCUAUAUGCUAACAGAAAUGAGGGAUGCACUGCUGUAGCCAUGGCGGAUUCGGUCGCGAAUGAGCAUUUCGAGGUUGCUAGUUGGCUUCGACAGAUCUUGGUGGCCAAAGAUGGAGCAGCUUCGGGAGCCUAAAAAUGCAAGUGGAGUUGUAAGUUACGACGAUUGUAUUAGCAGCCUACAACGUUGCCAGGCUUUGCUUCCUGUGCAUUCUACGGAAUUGCAUGCCGCCAAGGCUGCAAAGCACAGAGCUACCUGCGUACUAAAUAUUAAAGUGUAGUUAUCUAC